UAAAAAUUAUAUUAUUUGAAUUUGAAAAGCUUCAAAAUUUUAUUGAUAUAAUACUUUUUUCAUAUAAAAUAAACAAAAGUUUUAGAAUUUUUAGAAUUUUUAUUUUCAAUUUUAUAUAACUUUUGAAAAAAAAAAUUUAAAAAUAAAUCCAAAAAUUUUUAAUAAAUUUCAAUUGAUUAAUUUAAUUUUCUUUCAUUUUUUUUUCAUUUUAUAUAAAGAUCCAAAAGGGAUUUGAAAAAGUGAAUAAAUCAAGGUUUUAGAUGAAAAGUGUUACACUGUGCGGUGAGGAAAGUCCAGAACUCUUACGCUGUAGAUCCGACAGAAAACUAAUCAACAAUCGUUCAACAGACUCCCCACAUUAUUACUUCACACCAGAACUACCACUAUGUGGCGCAGUAAUAAUAUGCUUUUAUUAGGGGCUCAGAUGAAUAUCUUGUAUGCUAUAUCCGUGUGCUUCGUACUAGUAAAAUCCAUUCCAAAUUCUCCAACGUUUUCCCACACCACAACUUGGGAAUUGUUGAUCAUGGCUCAUGAUCAGGCUAUGUACUUGCGGCAGGUUCAGUAUCUCUGGUCCUAUGCAUUAUAUCUGUGUCUAAGAAUCUUGACACGAUAUUUACAGAAGGCUAGGUUGGGUAUAGUUGAUUGGUUGACUAUUCCGGCUCUUGUUGGUUUGCCCCACUUCUAUCUAUUUUUCGCACCUCAAAGCGUAAUACUUAUCAUUUUAUGUGAGUAGUUGAUGGUCAUUGGUUGUUCAUUCGUCUUGAUUAUUGGUUUGUUUCCACAUCGAGCAUUCCCUCUCCAUAUUUGAUGCGCUGCUGAGUUUAGGUUUUGAGGCUGAAGAUGUCGACCAGUAGAAAGGUCGCGGUGCUGGCUGUGUUUGGAUUAGGUGCUGUGUAAGUAUCCAUAAAGCAUCGACUUCUAUUGACCAAAAUAAAAGACAACCACUGACUAUUUUUUUUAGUGCUCUCGUAGCAUACAUCAUUCGGCUGGCUUUGUUUGUCAACAUCACUGGAAGUGAGUCAGAGAUUCAAUAUCGACCAUGCGGAAAGUCCAGGUACUCUACUGACAUUGGACAUAACAGUUGCAUCUGGAAAGAUUAAAGAUCCUAAUGUCAAUAACGAUUGUGUGUUCCAAAGCCCUUGCUCCUUCUCUCUGUAGUUGAUAAAACUAACAUGAAAAUGUAGUACUUACCCUACGUUCUCUAUUUUGCUCCAUGUUAGAGUCGGGACUUGCACUUGUAGCAUGUUGCUUGCCUGCUUUGAAUAUUUAGCUGGGCUGCCUCCAUUCCGUUCAAUGAUUGUCAAUUUUCGAAACAUUACUAGUAUCCGGUCUUCAUCUGAAAAUUAUAAAAUGAGCCAGGGAAAUGAUAAUUCUCAAUUCAAAGCUGAAGACCAAUCAUUGGAUUCACGAAAAGCCCUAGUACCCGAGUCUGCUGAUUCUGCCGAGAUCGAGACAUACGCUAUGGGUGAUGUACCAAAGAUUGAUCACGGGAGAAGAGGUGGAAAAGACGGCAUCUGGGUGGAUAAAGUAGUAUAGCAGGAGAACCAUAUCGUGUAGAAUAUUCUGUUAAAUCUGAAGUAGCUAGGGAAAUGUAGUCAAGAUAGUUGUGAAUCCUGAGAGAUUUGGGGAUUGGUUGGUGGAUCCUUAGUAUUGAGACAGAAUAUGAGUGAUUCGGCAAUCAGAAAUCAGGCAAAUCCCACGGGGAAUUUUAUGUCCGAAAUCCAGAAUGUAGUAGGCCGUACAGGUUCUUGCAAGACACUCAAAUUGAUUGGUGUCUAUGCAGCAGAAAUGCAGACAGAUAUGGGG